UGUCCGUCUCCCUCUCUUGACUGUUAGCUCAUCGAGGGCAGGGAGCACGCCUAACCUCCUCUGUUAUGUUGGACUCUCGCAAGCGCAUAGGAGAGUGCUCUGCCUACGUGGUGCUCGGGAAGGGCCGCACGGGAAACCGUCGAUUUUUCAAGCCGCGGGGCGGGAUUUCUCCCUGGCGCUUCCCCGGGAGGAAGCUCCGGCCGCGUCUGCGGAUGCCCCGCCCUCGGUGAUAUUGCCGAGGUCCUCGCCCCUGCCUCUGCGGGGUGAGAACACCCACAUGUGACCCCAGCUCCUUCCUCAGGGACGCCGCGGCCCAGAGCGCCAUCGGGGACCCGCAAGGGAGCCAGGAGCCCGGACGGCUGCGUUGGGUGAGAGGCGGCGCCCACCAUGAGCUGGAACUUCCUGACCCGCCUGCUAGAGGAGAUCCACAACCACUCGACCUUCGUGGGGAAGAUCUGGCUGACGGUGCUCAUCGUGUUCCGCAUCGUGCUGACGGCCGUGGGCGGCGAGUCCAUCUACUACGACGAGCAGAGCAAGUUCGCGUGCAACACGGAGCAGCCGGGCUGCGAGAACGUCUGCUACGACGCCUUCGCCCCGCUCUCCCACAUGCGCUUCUGGGUCUUCCAGAUCAUCCUGGUGGCCACCCCGUCGGUCCUCUACCUGGGCUACGCCAUCCACCGGAUCGCCAAGAUGGAGCGCGGCGACGGGGACGGCAAGGGGGCGCGGGGCGGGCCCCACGCCGUGCGCUGGAAGCCGCACCGGGCCCCGGAGGAGACGGAGGAGGACCGGCGGGAGGACCCCGCGAUGCUCCCGGAGGCGGACCCGGAGGGCGCCCCGGACGGCCAGGAGCCCGGCCCGCCCAAGCCCAAGCACGACGGCCGGCGGCGCAUCCGGCGAGACGGCCUGAUGCGCGUCUACGUGGUCCAGCUGCUGGCCCGCACCUGCUUCGAGGUGGCCUUCCUGCUGGGCCAGUACUUCCUGUACGGCUUCCGGGUCAGCCCCUUCUACGUCUGCGGCCGCAGCCCCUGCCCCCACAAGAUCGACUGCUUCAUCUCCCGGCCCACGGAGAAGACCGUCUUCCUGCUGAUCAUGUACGCCGUGAGCGGCCUCUGCCUCGUCCUCAACCUCUGGGAGAUGCUGCACCUGGGCUUCGGGACCCUGCGGGACUCGCUGCGCGACCCGAGGCCCCGGCCGGACCCGCCCCGCGGGACCCCGGACCCCUGGGACGCCCCGUCGGCGCCCCCGGGCUACAACAUCGUCGUCAGGCCGGACCCGGGGGGCCCCUACACGGAGCUGGCCAGCGCCAAGAUCGCCUCCAAGCAGAACAAGGCCAACAUCGCCCAGGAGCGGCAGCAGUUCGGCAGCCACGAGGAGAACCUCCCGGCCGACCUGGAGGCCCUGCAGAGGGAGAUCCGCGUGGCCCAGGAGCGCCUGGACCUGGCCAUCCGGGCCUACAACCACCACCGGCACCACCACCCCCCGCACCGGCACCUCCCCGCCGGGCAGGAGAGGAAGGCACGGACCGGCUCCAAGGGCAGCUGCGCCAGGAGCAGCGUCAGCAGCAAGUCGGGGGACGGGAAGGCCUCCGUCUGGAUCUGACGCGCGGCCGGCCCCGGGGGGACGCGGGGCCCCCCCGCCCGGCGGGCUGGUGACGGAAGCGCGCCCUCGGGCCCGCCGGGGAGCGGGGCGGUCGAAACCGUCCUCGUCGCAAGGCGUCGCGCGUACGGUGUUGCGGUGCGUUUUUACUACGGAACCGUCUUUUGUAUUUAUACGUUGGCACGCCGCCGUUCUGCUUUUCUAUUAAAGAAAACCCUAGCGGGAGA